AUGAAUAAUAGGAACACUUUUGGGAAACUGCAUGGGGUUGUAAAGUCGGGGAGAAAGGAAGUUUCUUCCAAAAUUAUCAAAAUAUCAGAGCCUUUGUUAGCCAAAAAUGUGAGAUUUGAAUGUAAUUUUACCUUUUUAAGUCUUCUAGCAAGAGAGAAUCAGAGGAAAACUAUCGAAAGAACUCUCAAUGAAAGCACUAUUUCUCAUUUCGGAACUGAUAUAAACACGAUAGAGACCAAUCUCGAUCAGAUUUCAGGAGAAGAGAUUAUAAAAUCGGUAGUUUGUAGGAAUAUCGCAAAAGAACAGAAGAAUGAUCUCGAAGAGCGUAAAAAUAAAAUUAUUAUGAAAAAUCAGAACAAGUCUGAUCUUCUAAAGGAGGAACAAAGCAAGACUCCAGAGAUAAUAUUUAAAGAAAAAAUCCCAAUCUUAACAGAGAAGAAGGAAGCUGCAGUUCAAGAGUUGCACAAAACCCCUGAUCAGGAUCCCAAUCCUGAAAAAUAUAACGAAUAUAUGGUGAAUCAUUACAGCCUUCCUAAGAAACUGAGGUCAUCGAUCAGAAAGAUAUCUCCUCCUAAGGAAUUCAAGAAAAUAGGUAUUCUCCAUCGGCUGAUCCCUACAGAGCUUAAGAGCACUGAACACUUGAAUAGCAAACUAUCAAGAAGCUGGAUGCUGUACGUCCUUCUAUAUAAACUCUUAUAGGAAGCAAUCCAAACGUGCCUUGGGCAUCAACCAGAAUUUCAAAACUUCCCUUCAAAACACGAUUGAAGCAAUGAAGAAAAAGAGCCAAAGAGAUAGGGUACUCAAGAAAUAUAGAGUAUGACGCCAGAAAUAUAAUUAUAGAAGCAUCAGAGGUCAAACUCUGAUUUAGAAGCGUAUCCAAUAGAGCAAAAUAUCUCAUUUUCUGAGAUGAAGUUUCCUCAUGGAGUGAAUUCAGCUAGAAAAUUCCAAGAUUUGUAGUACGAUUUUAUUAUAUAACUUAUAGCAAAUCUGCAAAUGGUAUCAGUCGCAAAGUAUCCGGAAGGCCCAAGGAUGUUGUCUUUGAGAAUGCAAAUAUGGAGAAUAUCAAGUUUAGGACUGCUAAAAAGAAAAAUGCUUCAUUAGAAAAGAAACCUUCCUUGCAUGACUAUACCAAGAUAAAGCAUUUGAACAAAACUUCUCUGCGGAAGAUCAAGGAGAUCCUUGAUGGUCAGAGAAGAAGUAAGAACACUCUCUUAGAGCAGCUGAUUAAAGAUAGAAACUUUGCACUCAACCACAAAAAGCAUCACAAUAGAAGGGAAAACUCUGCGGAUUAUAUCACUUCAAGCCGGAUGCCUGAAAGCAAGUCUUUCAGCUACCUGCAUGAUGUCCAAGACACCACAGGGACUCAACGUAAUGUUGAGUAUGUGCAUGACAUCUCAAUAUUUCCUUCUAAGAAGCAAGACUGGAGUGAUGAUUUUAUUAUCUCUCGGCGUAAACUUAGAAAAUAAAGGUGUGAAUUCUCAUAAAAUCAU